UCCCUGGGCGCGGCGCCCCCGCGGAGCCGAAAAAUGUGGGGCGCCCUGCUCGGCCCGCUGCUGUGGCUCCGGCUUCUGCUGCUGUCGCCGCGGGACGGAGUGUGCGCCGCACCCCAGGCCCCGCUGGGACCUUCUGAGACCAAAGGAUGAGAAGCCAGUUGUCGGUCCACAUGCCCAGGGCAUGCAUCAGGUCAGCAGUGCUUGGGUAGCAAGCAUCCCAACAGCUGCAACUCCUGAACCUCAGGGAGAGUUCAUGUGGUUUCUUCGGGCUCUCUGGGGUCUCCGGGUGAAAAAUCUACCUCAGCUCUGGACAAAGGCUUUACGAGGGUCACUGCCCGCUAUGUGAACUGCUGAGAGGAGACGCUGCACAGGGGAGCUCGGGGUCUUUACCGGUUCCAGUCAUCGCUGGAUCUGGGCUGUGUACCUACCAAACUGGGGUCUUUGCAGAUUCCCAUCAGUGCUGGAGUUAACACGGGGCUAUUUGAUUGCUGCACCCUCUGUCUUCCGCUCGGGAGUGGAGGAAGUCAUCAGUGUGACCAUCUUUAACUCCCCAAGGGAUGUCAUGGUCCAGGCUCAGCUGGUGGCCCAGGGCGAGGCGGUGGCACGGAGCCAGCGAGCCAUCCUGGAUAAAGGAACAAUCAAACUCAAGGUGCCCGCGGGCCUCCAGGGCCAGGCCCUCCUGCAGGUGUGGGGCCGCGGCCGGCGGGCAGAGGAGGGCCCCCUCUUCCACAACCAGACCUCCGUGACUGUGGACGGCCGGGGCGUCUCCGUGUUCAUCCAGACGGACAAGCCAGUGUACAAGCCCCAGCACCGAGUGCUUAUAAGCAUCUUCACUGUCACCCCAAACCUGAGGCCUGUCAGCAGAAAGCUGGAAGCCUACAUUCUGGACCCCAGGGGCUCGAGGAUGAUGGAGUGGAGACACUUGGAGCCACUCUGCUGCGGCGUCGCCAACAUGACCUUCCCCCUGUCCGACCAGCCGGUGCUGGGAGAAUGGUUCAUUUUUGUCGAAAUGCAAGGCCACGUGUACAACAAGUCCUUCGAAGUUCAGAAGUAUGUGUUGCCGAAAUUUGAGCUCCUUAUUGACCCGCCCCAGUAUAUCCGGGACCUGGACACAUGCGAGAAGGGCACCGUGAGGGCCAGAUAUACCUUUGGGAAACCUGUCUCGGGGACCUUGACGAUCAAUAUGACUGUAAAUGGCGUGGGUUACUACAGUCAGGAGGUGGGGCGCCCCGUCCUCAGAACCAUGAAGAUCCACGGCUCCCAGGACUUUGACAUCUGCGUGAAGGACAUGAUCCCAGCCGAUGUCCCCGAGCACUUCCGGGGCACCGUCAGCAUCUGGGCCACGGUGGUCAGUGUGGACGGGAGCCAGCAGGUGGCCUUUGAUGAUUCCACUCCUGUCCAGAGGCAGCUGGUGGACGUCCGCUACUCCAAGGACACCAGGAAGCAGUUCAAGCCUGGCCUGUCCUACGUGGGGAAGGUGGAGCUGUCCUACCCAGACGGCAGCCCGGCCGAGGGGGUGACGGUCCAGAUCAGGGCAGAGCUGACCUCGAAGGACAACAUCUACACCACUGAAUCUGUGUCCCGGGGAGGGCUGGUGGGGUUUGAAAUCCCCUUCAUCCCCAUGUCGGCCCAACACGUGUGGCUGGAGACCAAGGUGACGGCACUCAAUGGAAAGCCCGUGGGGGCCCAGUACCUGCCCAGCUACCUCUCUCUCAGCAGCUGGUACUCCCCCAGCCAGUGCCACCUGCAGCUGCAGCCCCCCGCCCGCCCCCUGCAGGUCGGAGAGGAAGCGCUUUUCCCGGUGAAGUCCACGUGCCCUUGUAGCUUCACCCUGUACUACGAGGUGGCCGCGCGGGGCAACAUCGUGCUCUCGGGCCGGCAGCCCGCCCACCUCACCCAGCGGAGAAGCCGGCGGGCGGCCCCGGAGAAACCGAUUCGCUUAAUGCACCUUCUUGAGACCGAGCCCCCUCCAGCCCCAGCGGCUGAGGUCAACGUGUGUGUGACUUCUCUCCGGCUGGCCGUGACCCCCAGCAUGGCCCCCCUUGGCCGCCUGCUGGUCUUCUACGUCAGGGAGAAUGGAGAAGGCGUCGCCGACAGCCUCCAGUUUGCUGUGGAGAGCUUCUUUGAGAACCAGGUUUCAGUGACGUACUCAGCAAAUGAGACCCAGCCUGGGGAGGUUGUUGACCUGCGGGUCAGGGCUGCAAGGGGCAGCUGUGUGUGUGUCACUGCGGUGGAUAAGAGCGUCUACCUGCUCAGGUCUGGGUUUCAGCUGACUCCGGCCCAGGUUUUCCGGGAAUUGGAAGAGUAUGAUGUUUCUGAUGCCUUCGGGGUGUCCCGGGAGGAUGGGUCCUUCUGGUGGGCUGGACUGGCAGCCCGACGCAGGCGUUCGUCCAUCUUCCCGUGGCCCUGGGGCAUCACCAAGGACUCCGGAUCUGCCUUCGCCGAAACGGGACUGGUGGUGAUGACCGACCUGGUGAGCCUGAACCACCGACAAGAUGGCGGCCUAUACACCGAUGAGGCUGUCCCUGCCUUCCAGCCCCACACGGGGAGCCUGGUGGCAGCAGGGUCCUCCAGACAACCCCCCAGAGCAGAGAAGAGGAAAAGGACCUUCUUCCCCGAAACAUGGAUUUGGCAUUGUCUCAACAUCAGCGACCCGUCCGGCGAGGAGAUGCUCAGCGUGCGGGUCCCGGACUCCAUCACCAGCUGGGUGGGUGAGGCCGUGGGUCUGUCCGAGGCCUGGGGCCUGGGUGUCGCCGUGCCUGCCGUGCUGAAGACCUUCAAGCCUUUCUUUGUGGACUUCACCCUGCCCGCCUACGUGGUCCGCGGGGAGCAAGCCAAGAUCCCGCUCAGCGUCUACAACUACAUGGGCACCUGUGCCGAGGUCUACGUGAAGAUCUCAGUUCCCAAGGGCAUCCGCUUUGUGGGGCAUCCAGGCAGACGCCAUCUGACCAAGAAGAUGUGCGUGGCCUCUGGGGAGACGGAACCCACCUGGGUGGUUCUGUCCUUUGGUGACCUGGGACUCAGCAACGUCACAGCCAAAGCCCUGGCUUACGGAGACACAAGCUGCUGCCGGGACGGGAAGUCCAUCCGACACCUGGAGGACCACUUCGCUGACAGGAGGGGCCCCACUGGGAGGGAUCACAUCAGGCGCAGUGUCAUGGUUGAGAUAUUUGGUGGACCCUCACGCGACGCUGCGUGCCUUCUGCUGGGGACGAAACUGCACGUGGCACCAGUACCUUCCCGCCAGGUGGGGAAGCAGCCGGAAGGAGCCCCCCGCAGCUACACCUACAGUGCUUUCUUCUGUCCCAACGAGAGAGUCCACAUCUCCACGCCCAACAAGUACGAGUUCCAGUACGUGCAGCGGCCGCUGUGGCUCACCCGUUUUGAUGUGGCCGUGCGAGCCCACAAUGAUGCCCGCGUGGCCUUGUCCGCCGGACCCCAGGACACAGCGGGCAUGAUAGAGAUUGUCCUGGGGGGGCACCAGAACACCAGGUCCUGGAUCUCCACCAGCAAGAUGGGCGACCCCGUGGCCAGCACGUACACGGCCAAGAUCCUGUCCUGGGAUGAAUUCAGAACGUUCUGGAUCAGCUGGCAUGGCGGGUUCAUCCAGGUUGGCCAUGGCCCAGAGCCUUCCAAUGAGUCUGUCAUCAUGGCCUGGACCCUCCCCAGGCCACCGGAGGUCCGAUUCAUCGGCUUCUCCACUGGCUGGGGCUCCAUGGGUGAGUUCCGCAUCUGGAAGAAGGUGGAGGUGGACGAGAGCUACAGUGAGGCCUUUACCCUGGGAGUCCCGCACAGCGCCAUCCCUGGGUCAGAGCGGGCAGCAGCCUCUGUCAUAGGAGACGUCAUGGGGCCGACCCUGAACCACCUCAGCAGCCUCCUGCGGCUGCCCUUCGGCUGUGGAGAGCAAAACAUGAUCCACUUUGCGCCCAACAUCUUUGUCCUCAAGUAUCUUCAGAAAACCCGGCAGCUCAGCCCGGAGGUGGAGCGGGAGACCACUGACUACCUGGUACAAGGUUACCAGCGGCAGCUGACCUACAGGCACCGGGACGGCUCCUACAGCGCCUUCGGGGAUCGGGACGCAUCGGGGAGCAUGUGGCUCACGGCCUUUGUCCUGAAGUCCUUUGCCCAGGCACGAAGCUUCAUCUUCAUCGACCCGCAGGAGCUGGCGGCUGCCAAGGGCUGGAUCAUCCAGCAGCAGCGGGGGGAUGGCUCCUUCCCGGCCGUGGGCAGGAUCCUGAACAAGGACAUCCAGGGUGGGAUCCACGGCACAGUCCCGUUGACGGCUUACGUGGUGGCUGCACUCCUGGAGACAGGCACUGCCUCGGAGGAGGAGAGGGGCGCCAUUGCCAGAGCGAGGCACUUCCUGGAGUCCAGUGUGCCCUUGGCCGCCGACCCCUACAGCAGUGCCCUGACCACCUACGCGCUGACCCUGCUCCGCAGCCCAGCAGCCCCCGCAGCGCUGCGAAAACUCCGCAGCCUGGCCAUCACGCAGAAUGGGGUCACCCACUGGAGCCUGACGGGUUCCCGGGACGUGGACAAGGAUGCAUUCCUGAGCUUCAGCGAUGGGGUCUCUCAGUCAGUGGUCUCAGCCGAGGUGGAAAUGACGGCCUAUGCCCUGCUGACCUACACCCUCCUGGGUGAUGUGGCCACGGCCCUGCCCGUGGUGAAGUGGCUGUCCCAGCAGCGGAACGCGCUCGGGGGCUUCUCCUCUACUCAGGACACUUGUGUGGCUCUUCAGGCCUUGGCAGACUAUGCCGUCUUGUCAUAUGCCGGCAGCGUCAACCUCACCGUCUCCCUGGCUUCCACCAACCUGGACUACCAGGAAACUUUCGAACUGCACGCGGCCAACCAGAAGCUUCUGCAGACCGCGGCGAUCCCCAGCCUCCCCACGGGGCUGUUCGUGAGCGCCAAGGGCGAAGGCUGCUGCCUGAUGCAGAUUGAUGUCACCUACAAUGUGCCAGACCCGGUGGCCAAACCAGCCUUCCAGCUGCUCGUGAGCCUCCAGGAGCCCGAGGCUGAGCAGCGGCGGACCCCCGCUCCCGCCUCCUCGGCCGAUGAUGACGACCCAGCAGCCGACCAGCAUCACCAGGAGUAUCAGGUGACCCUGGAGGUGUGCACCAGGUGGCUGCAUGCGGGGUCCUCCAAUAUGGCUGUCCUGGACGUGCCCUUGCUCUCAGGCUUCCGGGUGGACAUCGAGAGCCUAGAGCAGCUGCUCUCUGACAAGCAUUUCACGCUGAAGAGGUACGAGGUGGCUGGACGCAGAGUCCUCUUCUACUUUGAUGAGAUCCCCAGCCGGUGCCUGACCUGCGUGCGGUUCCGGGCGCUCCGUGAACAUGUAGUGGGCAGGACGUCCGCGCUGCCUGUCUCUGUGUACGACUACUACGAGCCUGCCUUUGAAGCCACGCGCUUCUACAAUGUCAGCGCGCGCAGUCCUCUUGCCCAGGAGCUGUGCGCAGGGCCCGCGUGCAACGAGGUGGAGCGCGCCCCGGCUCAGGGCCCCGGCUGGUCCCCGGGCGAGCGGGGUCCUGCGGCCGCCCCAGAGGAGGGGGCGAAGAUUACGCGCUGUGGCUGCCCCCGCGACUGUACCGCCCGCGGGGACCCUGUCUGCGGCUCUGAUGGCAUCGUCUACACCAGCGCCUGCCACCUGCAGGAGGCCGCCUGCCUAGGCCGCGCGAGAUUGGAGCCCGCGCCCCCUGGCCACUGUGUCCUCGAGCAGCUGACACCAGCCUCUGCGUCAUACAGUUACGACUAUGACCCAGCCCCCCUGGACGCUGGGCGUGUGGCAGCUGCUCAUGGCCAUGAAGUGAUAGACUUGGAGGGGGAGGCGGAGGACAGUCAGAGUGGCUUCUCUUCCUGACGCUCUGAGCAGGAGGACUUGAUCCGGCUGCGUGCUAUCACUGUCCGGUCGCUGGAAGGGGGCCACUGAUGGGAGAGCUCCCGUGACUCUCUGGUGGGCUGGCGGACCCCACCCCAGGUGACCCCAGCUUCCGAAUGAACCUGAUAAACAGAACACAGAGACCUGCCUCCAUGGAUGACGGGCCUCCCCCCAGCCUUCCCUCAACCGGAGGGUCGGCCUCGAUCCCCCCACCUCCUCAGCUGCACCUGGGGCUGGACACCCUCCCCUCCUCAGGCCAGAGCAGCUCACGCUCCCCCAGAGGAGACGCUCCUCGGAAGGACCCGUGGCCAAAGGCCUGUGUCGGAGGAGACACGAUGACAUUUAGCCCAAAUCAGGGACACAAAAAACACCCAUCCCCUCAUCACCAACUUCGAAGUGAAACAGUCCGCCUUUCUCCGAAAUCGCAAAGCUGUGGCCCCCUUUGGGGCACCUAGGCCGCUGAGCCCCUGGACCUAGACCCCAAAUGGUCCCAUAACUGUUACAGUCCCCACACACACUCCCUGUCUCACCCCAGGGGUCCCUGAAUGUUCUGUCUUGAUGGCCUGCCAGCCCCUGAGGGCAAGCCAAUGGCUCUGACCCAGGCACCUUCAGCUUCCUGCCUCCAGGGCUAGGUCGACUUCUCAUCUCGGGGCCUCACCACCGCCUACUCCCCCCACGCCCGGACUCCUGAUCGUGGGGACUGCCCUCUCCCAGCUCCACGACCAGACUUGCCUUCCCUGGGGGACCCUCCCAACUGUCAUCAGAUUCCUCUUUGUAACCCGCAGGGGAUGCCUUCUCUCUGUUUCCUCCUGCGCACUAUCUCCCCACCCCCUUGCGGUGGUAUUUAUUUCAGCCCACGCUGCUCAUCUCUGACCCCCACCAGGGACAGCACAGAGACCCUGAGGGUGCUGCCUGGCCAGUGGGUCCCCGUCUUGCAGCACCGGCCACUUCCCCUGCCCGUUCCUCCCACUCCCAGCCUACAAGGGACGGUUCCUGGGCCCUGGGCCCCUUUCCCGGUGGAGGCCGCUGGUGUAAUAAAAGCUCAUUUCCAGAGUGACAGGCUUUGGCCUCAGGGGGGCAGCACUGAGGACUGGAGCCCCAGCUCCCUAGUUCCCUAGUCAGAGCAGGAUGGGCGAGGAACGUUUCAGACGCCUGCCCCCCAACCUAAUGGUAGAUUCCUGUGCAUUUCUAAGACAUUCUACCAGUGUAGAGAGGUCCCAGGUACCCUUCCCCAGCGGCAACAUAAUUGGAAAACUCCUACGUCAUCAACCAGGCUAUUGACGUGGAUGUGCUUCACUAAUCUUACACUUCCCCAGGUCCUGUGCACGUGAAUGUGUCCUGGGGCUGCCUGCCCUCUGGCUCAUUCUUCCCCAGACCAGAGACCAUAUGGGCCCCGGUGGGGAGCCCCGGUUUGGCCCCCACUUCCCUCUGCCUUGGGGAGCUUGCUUACCCCCAGACGCAGUGCCCCGUGGUGCUCUCUGGGAGGCAAUGGCCGUCCUUCCCCAUGUGGUGCCCUCCUCUAAGUCUGUUCAAAACGGCUCAGGCCCGGGGCAAACAGCUGGGGGUGGGGGGGGUCACAGGGCUACAGCCCUCACCCCCCAGGCCCACACUAUCCACCUUCCAGUCACCUGCGCAUCUGAUCCUGGAGUCGUGGGGGACAUUGGCAUCAAGAAGGAGUACCUUGGGGUAAAGGGAAGGGGCGCCAUCUGGCAGCGACAGUAGGAGACUUGGGUCCUGUGGAUCCUGAGGAGUGGAAUGGGGGCCUCCACGGUGAUUAUUCAGGAGACCCCACCCCCAAACCCUGGAGACCAUGCCGGAGCUCGACCCGGGGCUUUUAGGAAGGAGGAUGGCCCACCAGCCUCCUGGCGGGGGCGGGUCCCGCAGCAGGUGCAGGACAGCAUUGGCCUUGCCUCCUCGGCCCCACCUUGGACAAGGUGGGGGGCGGGGUGCUGGCUGGGCCUGGGAAUAUUCAUUAAACCCCUGUAUUCGUUUCCUGGGGUUGCUGUAGCCAAAUACCACAAAACAGUGACUUAAAA